AACAGACUAUGAAUGUCAUUCAGUGGGAGGAAGUGAAAUGAAAUAUAUAGUGAGAGCGGUAAUCUAAUACAUUUCCAGUGAUGCGAAGCAAAAUUUUAAAACAGAUCAACACAAUAAAGCUAUAUUGGUUAUUUUUUUUAUUUUUGUUAGCGAGUCAUUUUACCGUUCAGUUAUGCUAUCCCUGUCGAAUCAGUAAAUAAAGUAUAGAACCCGGUAGUAGACAGCCAUGGAUUUAAUUUCUCGGUGAUGUCGAUGAGGAUUGGAAGAUGAAGCUACUGAUGACGUUGUUUGUCCAUUUCGUCUGCUGUCAGACGGGAGAUGCUACAUAUUACUGCAAUGUACCUGACCCAUGCGGGCAGGCAGAUUCCUCCAAUCUCUUUGAACCUAUGGCAAGAUAUGAAAACUGCUCCUUUGAUACAAAUUCUGCAAACCUCUGUGACCGCUACAUCAGUCCACAAUGGUACCGUGUGGACGACACAAUGCUGACACACUGCCCGUCACUCCUCAGCUGUGGAACCUUGUAUCCUGUCUGGCUGAACGGGACAUUGCCCGCUGUAAGUGAAGGCUCUGUGACCAGGACAGCCUGCAAAGUAGGGUUCAGUGAUUGCUGCUCACGUGAAUACUCCAUUCAGAUCAGAAACUGUGGGUCAUUUUAUGCUUAUUGUCUAGGGGCCCUAGACUUAUGUCCGGAGAGGUACUGCUUUGGUGAACACGGAGAAUGUGAAUUAACCACAACAGCUACAGCACCCACAUCGUCAUCGACUGCAGAAACCACCACCACAACUGAUCACGUGGUGCCAAUCUCAGACCACGCAUGCUCUGCCGAUCCAUGCAUAGAGAGUAAUAUAAAGACACUAACGGAACCGGACUCAAGAGGCAAAAACUGUGAAUACAACCAGGACACCAAUUACUGUGACAACUUAUUAACACCGGGGUGGUACAAACCAGAAUUUCCCAUGGUUACGUCAUGUCCAUCUUUACUCAGCUGUGGAGCGAUAUAUCCAGUCUGGCUCAAUGGUUCACUUCCGAAUCUUAAUGAUGGUGUUGUCCAGAGGACAGCUUGUAAGACAGGUUUUGGAAACUGUUGCUCGAAAACAUAUGACAUCAAAGUGCGAAACUGUGGAGGCUACACGGCUUACUGCCUAAAAGACCUCGACUCCUGUCCCGAAAGAUACUGCUUUGGACAAAGCAGCACUUGCGAGAAGACAGGGAGAACGGAAGAUUCGGAUUCUGAAGGAGACAAUGAUAACAAUCAUGAAACAAUGACGGCUAUACUUGGAGGAACGAUGGGGGCUAUGGUUGUGAUCUUUAUCGCGAUGAUUUUCAUCGUCAAAGGCAGAUUUGGUAAAAGAGAGCUUUCCUCUAAAAGUCGCAUUGCACCGGAUGGUCAAAAAAGGACGAAGGGGAAAACACAGAUAAGCCGCAUUGUGGUCAGCCCUCCUCCGCCCUACACCCCUUGAACCAUGCUGCAUGGUCAUUCUAUUUGAGCAAAAUAUUCUUGUCAUAUUUAACUUUACCGUAUUCAUCUCUUCCAUGUAUUUUUGUAACACAGUAUUAUGCAUGCCUCGUUUUCAUUUCAUAAAUAUUUAUUACGGUACCAAUUUUGAUGCACCAGAUGAGCAUUUCGACAAAUAAUGUCUCUUCAGUGAUGCUCAACCGAAAUGUUUGAAAUCUGAAAUAACAAUGAAGUUUUAGAGGUAUUAUAGGCAAAAACAGUGUGCCAAAAAUGUGGAGUGAAAUUCGUUUACGGAUAAGAGCUAUGCGUGAGGGAGAUAAUCCUUGAUUUUGAAAUAAAUUUCUAAAUUUUAUAACAGCAAUUAAAUAUACGUCCGUAUUUUCAAGCUAGUAACGAAGUACUUAGCUACUGGGCUGUAGAGACCCUCGGGGACUAACAGUCCACCAGCAGAGGCGUCGACCCAGGGGUCAUAAUGUAAAACUUAUACGGUACCAAUUUUGAUGCACCAGAUGCGCAUUUCGACAAAUAAUGUCUCUUCAGUGAUGCUCAACCGAAAUGUUUGAAAUCUGAAAUAACAAUGAAGUUUUAGAGCUAUUAUACCUUUAUUUGAGAAUGAACAAUAGAAAACGUAUAGAGUGCUAUUAGUACAUGCACUUUGGAAAUCGGUUUGAAUCAACAGUCACCAAUUUUAGUUCUUAAUUUGAUUUUGUUUGGGGCAUUGUCGGCUGUUGGUUUUGUUAGACUUGCCCCUUGCAUACACGUUUUGCUUAUCCUUGAAUUAUUCUUUGUAGUAGAAUUCAUCCAUGGAUAUUGUUUUGAAUAUCGUUGACAUAAUUGUAGAAUGCCCGCAAAAGUAUCCAUUGAUAAUCAUCUAUAUUGUAUUGUAGUGGUGUUUUAAUUUAUAAUUAUCUGUAUUCUAUUGGUGUUUUAGUUUAACAUGAAAAAAAAACCCAACUAAUUACAACAGGAUAUUUAGUUUUGUAUACUAUUGAAAUGAUUAAAAUGUCGUUAUAUUGACAAA